AUGUCUUGCGUGGACGUUUGUGCGACACCGUCAUCCAUCAGAACAACACCCUGUCUUGAAAGGUGGCGGCAGUAUGGGCGACGAUAACACCAUGGCGGGGGGCAGGAUACACUGAAUGGUGUCUUUGGCAGUAUCGUGGAGCCACGAAAAAGCGACCGAGUACAAUCCGAUAGAGCGCAGGCUGACAGCUGUGCGGUGCGACCAGAGUACGAAGACGUCACACCGAGUGACAUGCGCAGCCUCAAUCGGCAAGAGAGAUUCGUCUAUCAGACUUGCCCGAGUAGCCACGGAUACCUCUUCCACAAUCCCGGCGCCGCUCGUGCUUGCGCCGAACAGUGAAGUGACAGGAUUCCCGUGGACAAAACAGCACUCACUCAUGGCACGGGAUAGUAGACCACCGGCAUCGAUAUUCUUCGGAAAUUCGUCGCGGAACGUCCUCAGAUGUUGUCAUCAAGCUCAAUUCAGACCGAGACCGGCUGUGUCGUUGGGCACCUGCAAGUUCUUCGGACAUCGAGCACGAAGAAGAUCAUAUCGUCAAUGUCUAUGGCGCAUGCCCGAAAGCCGAGCAGCAGACGAAGGGCGGCAGAGCCUGCUCAUUGGAAAAGAGGAUCGAGAGAACUUUGGCUGGGACCUCAGGCGUGUGCAACCUCUUCCGGGAAAAGCGGGAGCAAAACAUGGCCGAUUAGGACGGUUCUGCCUUUUCGAUGGUGCUUCGCGUAGCGAUAUGGGAGCUCCUACUGCAAGUUGGGACCCAGUUGAAGAGCUUUCGAUGUGAUCCCAGUGCUGACAAUGAAGGUAGACUCCUCCGAUUGCGCCGUUCCGGUUUCAUCGUCCCUCUCGCGUCGGUCACUGUUCCUCUUCGCCCUCUGAACGAUUACAUCCCACCGCUCGUCUACGUCCGACAUGCACCGACGGUAAUACAGAACGGAAACGGGUACAUA